AAUAGAAUACAAGAUUACGACACUAGUUUACAGUUAGUUUUUUUCGGUUUAGCUCUUGACAAUUCUUACAAAAACAAAUACAUUGUUCAACAAUUUCGUGACGUAACAGUUUUGCGUUGAGAAGAACAAGCACAGAAAUGCAUACAAAUUGUAAACAGAAAAGUAAACACUUUUUGAAAUUCCCAAAAUAAUAUUAAUUCAUUCGUCUUUGCAGGAAAAAUUUCAGUGGAAUGUUUAGAAUAUUGUUGCGAGAAAAUAUGUAUAUAAUUAGUUUUAGGCACAUCCACAAUAAAUAGAGUAGCAUGUGUGGAAAUUGUUCAAAUGAAGAAAACCAGUGUAAGUGUGGGCUUAUUCGAGGCACUCCAUAACUGCGACAAUAUUGCAGCCCUGAUACUCAAUUUGCAACACUGUUGCAGAUGCUCAGCUGAUACUUAAGCAAAAUAAUUGCAAUAUUUUGCGCGAAUUGUGACCGAAAGUGAAACUUUAACCAUGAACUUUUUAAUAAAUAUAGCGAUAGAUAAUUUUGAAAGCAGUGAUAAUAACCUGCUGCUUAAGUAUGGAAAAAAUAGAAAACAAAAUUUUUUAAGAAAGAGAAAGUGGUUCCUCGCUGAAAUUUCAAAAAAGAGAACAGUGACGAAGAUGAUAAAGGUUUGGAAAACAAUUCCAAUGUACCACGAUUAUACAUAUUUCACGCAUUUUCGCAUGACUCGUGAAACAUUUGCAGACUUGAAAAAUGCGUUAGAACCUUUUUGGUCAACACCACCCGGGGAAUAUUCCUUGGAACAUUCCUUGCAUAUGACUCUUUGGAAGCUAAGCAAUAGUAGAGUCACAUAUCGAGAGCUUGCCGAUAGAUUUAAUGUUGGGCAAGGAACUGCCCACAAACUUUUCCUUAAAACAAUCAAGACAAUCUGCAAACUUAAAAACGAGAUAUGUUGGCCGUCAGUUUUACAGCAGAAAAAAAUAAUGGAAAACUUUCAAACAAGCCGGGUAAAUUCAUUUCCUUUUGUUGUCGGAUGCUUAGAUGGAACGCAUUUCAAAAUUAACACUCCUCAAACAGAUGCAAUCAGUUAUUAUGACCGUAAAGGAAAUUUUUCAGUUAUUAUGCAGGCCAUAUGCGACAGUAAGUUCUGUUUUUUAGAUGUGUUCAUCGGCUACCCAGAUAGCUGUCAUGAUGCCAAUGUGUGGAAAAAUAGUCCACUUUACAAAAGGAUCACAUCUGGACAAAUAAAACUUGCGAAAGAUGCAAUUAUUCUAGCCGAUUCAACAUAUCCUGUUUCAAGAUACUUAAUUGGUCCUAUUAGAGAUAACGGACAUCUUUCCAGAGAGGAAAAACAAUUCAACUAUUAUAUGAGUUCAACCCGAGUAUUUAUCGAGCAAACAUUUGGAAUUUUCAGGGCUAAGUUCAAAAUAUUGAAUCAUAUUGAUAUGCGCAAUAUAGAAGACAUAUCAACUGUGAUAUUAGCUUGCGCAAUUUUACAUAAUUUUAUACUGCGAAGCAAUCCGGUUCAUUCUGAAGACAAUCAUACGAGUAUGCCUGAAAAUUUAGAAAAUUCAAAUGAUCACGAUAUGAUUGAACUACCUGAAAAUAUAAAUGACACUAAUGAGGGAAUUAUCAGACGAAAUAACUUGAAAAUGCUAUUUAUUUCAUAGAAGUAUUAUUUCAAUAAUGU